AUGGCAGACAAACGGUUAAUUUCGCCUGCAAAAUCGGACUACGUCGAUGUAGCCGAAGACAAUGAGUCAGUUGAAGGUAUUAGUGAGAUAUUAGAGCAAGUGUGUGUAAGCCAAGCACCAUCACCAGUUCCAGUCGACUCUCAGGCAGAAGGUACCAGUGGAACAACACUUAAGGUACCCGAAAAAGCAACAACAUCACGUGACAGGUCAAAGUCACCACCUGCACUGGCAAACACCACAUUAUUUAAAUUGACGUCUCAAAUGUCCAGGUAUGAGCAGCUUCAAUUUAUGCAGCAAGACGUGGCUGAUCUUGUGCGACAGCCUGCUCUCGUCACAAUGUCCAUAAUCGAGGCAAAGCUAUCACAACUCAACGACCUCUGGACAUACUUCGUGGUGGAGCAUGAGGCAUUAGGAGUAGGGUGUCGGUUGACACUAUUCAAACACCAGUAUAUGACCGACAGAGUGUAUGAAAGUGCUUUACGGCUUCAUUACCAUAUAGAGUCAACUCUCCAUCGUGUAAAAUCAGAGCUACACGAGAAAGACAUCCAGAAGGCCAUUGAUGAUUACAAAGCCUCUACACAGCAGACAACUCCAAUCAUCUACAGACAGGCAACUCUCCCAGAGAUCCCUCUCCCAACAUUCGUAGGCGACUCAUCAACGUGGACGCAGUUUCGGGACAUGUUUACGUCCCUCGUCCACGAUCGGAAAGAUCUCAGACCAGUAGCCAAACUACACUACCUGAAGGCCAACGUAUCAGGUCCCCCACUUCAACUGAUCCGUCAUGCUGUAAUGAAUGAUGAUGGGUAUGAGCGGGCAUGGAAUCAGCUCAAGGCCAGGUACGAUGACCCAGAACAACUCAUCUUUGCCCACAUCAAGGACCUGUUCAGUGUGACCACACCAUCAUCAAAGUCAGCUGAACAACUCGACAACCUGGUGGAAGUAGUACGGCAAAACUUGGAUGCCUUGAAGGCUCUCAAUGUACCUACAGACGCUGCAAAUUAUUUUCUGGUGUACCUGGUGGCCAGUAAAUUGGAGCAACCGCUACGUGAGUCAUGGGAACUCGAGCGAAGUAGGUCUCGCUCACCGACAACUCUAGACAGUCUACUCAACUUCAUCUCUACCAGGGCACGUGCGAUGGAGUCAGCUCAAGAUGCAGCCCGUCGAGCAAAACGGUGGCCUACUCCAGUGAUCACCAGAAGGUCCAGAUCACAACAACAGUCUACUCAACAGCAGACAACUCGAACCUCCAGGCAUGCGGCGCAAAAACGACAAGCAGACUACCCGUGUGAUCAAUGCAGCAGCCUAGAUCACUACGUGCCUGACUGCAAAGCGUUCGCAGGACUUUCACAGCAAGAAAGGAGUAAAGAAUGCUUCUCUGAUGACUCGACGGAAAGGAUGACCUUAGCACAUGAGGUUUCGGCCUCAGGAGGGUUGAGGGUCCUGGAAGAAGAGUCAGAAGGUCUCGUUCGAUCUCCUACAGCUGAAGAAAAGAGUCAAACUCACACUAGUCAAAUCUCAGACGACUCACAUGAUUCAACAAUCACCAAGAACGAUACAGACAACUCAGAGAUCCAUGGAAGACUCUUUUCAGCACUCAGGGCAGCAGAAGAUCCAUGCACUAACGAGUCUCCAGUUCAAUCAGACAGCUCAGCAGUCUUACUCGCCACAGCCAAUGCAGUAUUACUUUCAGACUACUCUCAGCUUCCAGUAAGACUCCUGAUAGACUCAGGGUCUGAGCUGACGUUCAUCUCAUCAAGUGUGGUAAAGACUUGUCAUCUCCAACGUCGUCCAUCAGUAAUAUUAGUGCUGGGAAUUGGUAACGAACCAGCUGUACAAACUAGAGGAGUGACAACAGUGACACUUAGAUCAACUCACACACAGGAGCAAGUUACAAUUAAUGCUCAUAUCCUCAAAUGUGUCACUGGUACUUUACCAACCAGACAACUCAAGGAACUCAACUGGUCAGCUCUCAACUCUCUGCAACUUGCUGAUCCAGACUACUCAACUCCAAGACCCAUUGACAUCUUAAUAGGAGCAGAUUGUUAUGGUCUGAUUGUGAAAGCGGGCAUCAAACAAUGUCCUCAGUCAUCGCUAAUAGCCCAAGAUUCAAUUUUUGGAUGGAUGCUUAUUGGAAGUCCACACCCGACAAGAUGCUCAAGUCAGAGAACUCAUCACGCAGCAAGCGUCAACUCAUACCAGCAAGUAUCUGAUCUCUUGACAAAAUUCUGGGUUCAAGAAGAAGUUCCAGAGACCUUAGCCAGCCAACUCAGCCCAGAUGAUCAAACUUGUGAAGAUCAUUAUGUUGCGACUCAUUCAAGAGAUCAAGAUGGGAGAUAUAUUGUGAGAAUACCACUCAAAGCAUCACCAUCUCUUCUAGGCAACUCAUCAGCGAGAGCUCAUCAGUGUUUACUACACAUGAUCAGACGACUCACAAAGAAUGACUCAUAUGCACAACUCUAUCACAACUUUAUGCAAGAAUAUGAGUCACUGAACCACAUGAGACGAGCCAAGGCAAGUCCAGUCAACUCUCCAGUGUAUUAUUUGCCUCAUCAUGGUGUCUUAAGAGAAGACAGUGUUACUACAAAGCUUCGGGUAGUAUUUAAUGGCUCUAGUCCAUCUUCGAGUGGUCUAUCAGUGAACGAUAUUCAACAUACUGGUGCCAAAGUCCAGAAAGACAUUGCAGACGUACUCAUUUUGAUCAGACAGCAUAAAUUUGUGUUUACAUCAGACAUUACAAAGAUGUACAGGCAAAUCAAAGUCCAUCAAGAUGAUUGGGAUCUCCAGAGAAUCCUGUGGGUGGACGAGCACUCCAAGAUAAUCCCAUAUCAACUCACAACAGUCACGUAUGGUACCAGGUCAGCCCCAUUUCUGGCUGUUCGCACAAUGAUCCAGCUAGUAAAGGAUGAAGGUCAUAAGUUCCCUCUAGCUGUUGAUCCACUACUAAAAGGAAGAUAUGUGGACGAUAUUUUUGGAGGUGCUGGCACCGUGAGUCAACUGAUAGACAUCUCAACCCAAGUCAGACAACUCUGCAUGGCAGGUGGCUUCCCGUUAGCGAAAUGGCACAGCAACUCACUUCAAUUCCUUCACUCACUUACAGACAAUUCAUCAGAAGAGCAGAUCCACUCAUUUGAGAGCAGCAAAACGAAAUUACUUGGGCUCUCGUGGAUUCCAGCGAACGACUCAUUUAAGUUCAACUCAAAACCUCCUCGUGAGAAGUCCAAGCUCACAAAAAGAAUAAUUUUAUCAGAAACAGCACAACUCUACCAUCCACUUGGAUUUCUAGCACCCUUCAUUGUCAGAGCAAAGAUGUUGCUACAAGAAAUCUGGCUAGAUAAACUGUCAUGGGAUGACCAAGCCCCAGAUCACAUCAUCACCAAGUGGAACAGCUUCAGAUCAGAACUCUCACAUGUUUCAGACCUCUCAAUUCCACGAUGGUUACGGAUUACUCAGAAAUCGACCGUGGAACUUCAUGGUUUUUCAGACGCCUCACAAGCAGCUAUGGCAGCUGUUGUUUACAUACGGGCUACUCAUCCAGAUCAUGGAACUUGUUCAACUAUAGUCUGCUCAAAGUCUAAAGUUGCUCCAUUGAAGAAGAUGUCUAUUCCCGGACUCGAACUCACCGCAGCAUUGCUGCUUGCCAGACUAAUCACUUAUGUAAGGAACAACUUAGACAUUCAGCCAACUCAACUCGUAUGUUGGACAGACUCCUCAGUGACUUUGACCUGGAUUCAGUCUCACUCAUCCCGUUGGAAGGAGUUUGUAAGAAACAGAGUGUCAGCAAUUCAAGAUCUCACUCCAAUCAGCGUUUGGAGGUUUGUACCUGGCAAACAAAAUCCAGCUGAUUGUGCUUCUCGAGCAUCAUUUUUGCGUGCAGUUUGA